UUUUAAUAUAUUCUUGAUAAUUAAAGAUAGGUAUAGAAGGUGUGCUAUAUGUAAGUGCUAAGGGAAAUUCAAGAACAAUAGUAUAAUAAAUAUUGGCAUUAAAUACAUUAUAUUUGCUCAGAAAGUGUAGUGUAUAUUUAUAUAUGCACGCACUUUAUAAUUUAUCAGGAACACAGGACAUUAUAGAUUUGCUAAAUACAAUGUAAACAAUUAUAUCUCAGGUUAGCGUAAUAUAUUAUUUGGCAUCAUGACUACUUUUUGGAGACCGCCGAUGGUUGCCAUUGUAAAUGUGAUUUACAAUUAGUUGUAUAGCUAUAGAUGAACAGUAAUUGGCGGAGAAUAAAAAUAUAAGAUAUAGACUUGGCUCUGUAGCCAUACAUUCAGGAAUAUUUGCCAUGGUUAACUUAUUUUCUAUGGUGUGGAGGAAAAUUCUGCGCAAGAGAUGGGUUCUUGGUAUUGUGUUUGGGCUGUCCCUCAUCUACUUUCUCACAAGCACUUUCAAGCAGGAAGAAAGAAUAGUAAGGGAUCGCACACUGCUUCAGGCACAUGAUCAAGACCAGGCUAUUCGAUGGAAGGUCCAGUUUAAUUUGGGCAACAGCAGCAGGGUCAGCAACCAGUGUCGCAAUUCUGUGCAGGGAAAACUUCUCAUCACAGAUGAUCUUGGUUAUGUGUGUGAGCGCAAAGAGCUACUGGCAAAUGGCUGCUGUAACAUCAAUAUUGCCAGCACGAGACUCUAUAGCUGUGAGAGCUGCCUACCCAAUGGGUGCUGCAAUGUAUAUGAAUACUGUGUAUCAUGCUGCCUGCAACCUAACAAGCAACUUCUGCUGGAGCGUUUCCUAAAUCGUGCAGCCAUGGCUUUUCAAAACCUAUUUCUGGCAGUUGAAGAUCAUUUUGAGCUAUGUUUAGCCAAAUGCAGGACAUCAUCACAGAGUGUACAACAUGAGAACACAUAUCGAAACCCCAUUGCUAAGUACUGCUACGGUGAGAGCCCUCCUGAACUACUUCCUAUGUGAUCGGAGUAGCCGUUGCAGUCAAUAAGUGGGAACUAUUGCCUCUGUGUCUGAUGGCCUUCACUAACUUCAAGUCGAACAGAGGAAUGAUCAGCUAUUGA